AUGGGUGGAGCUGUGUCCGAGCUACGUGGUGAGAUCCAUACGCACGUGCUAAUUGUACAGCACUAUCCAUUGUUCCUUGAGCCUGUCCUGGCAGCGGUGCAGUAUUUCCUUCAUACAGCUGAGCUAGGUGAAGGCACCAAUCGUGACAAUCCACUAGAAGAAAUCUCCAUGGACGUCGUUAUCUCGGACAAACGAGUGUUCGAAGAGGCCUCUACUGAAGUGGAAUUACUAUCUGAAAACCCUGCCGUGACUGAAGCUUUACUGCAUGCUGUACGCAACUAUCGUAAACUAGAAUUAUCGCCCGAUAUUGACCCUUUCAAGCGAUGUCCCGCGUUUUCGAAUAGCAGUACUACGAACAAGUAUUCGAUGUCUGCGGUUAAUGAUGUUUUGCCAAGACGGCAGGAGGCAUCUUGA